AUAGAAUGGAUCCAAGAAUCCUGCAGUUGUAGUUUGGUUCUUCCUCUCUCUCCGGCGAGUGCUUCUACCUUGUAAUUGAAUUGCCCAUGCAUCAGCUACUCCCCGUCAUCGUAGGGCUGCUGGCCCCCUCGGUUGCGUCUCCCAGCAUUCCUUCUGCGCAACGAAUCUUUAAUCCUUGGUCUCCCCAAGAGGAUAGUGACCUUUGCCCAUUGGCACCGAAAAUCGAAGCGCCGGAUGAUGGCUUUGUCUCCUCGCUCAAGUUCGUCACGGACGAUGCAGUAAAGUUGCGACAGGUCGACCGUCUCUCUCGAGCAGUCCAAGUACCGACCGUCAUCGACGAUUACAUGAAAGAUCCCUAUGACGAGAAAUUUAGUCCAUUCCUCGAAUUCCACGAGCUCCUGCAAUCCCUCUUUCCCUUCCUCCACUCUCACGCCCGUGUAGAUCACGUCAACCGCCUAGGGCUUGUUUUUACCCUCAAUGGCACCGACGACAGCUUGAAGCCGAUCCUCUUCCUGGCUCAUCAGGACGUCAUACCAAUCGACGAUGCUGCUGAUUGGACUUACCCGCCCUUUGCCGGCCAUUUUGACGGCGAAUGGCUCUGGGGCCGUGGUGCCAGCGAUUGCAAGAAUGUUCUGAUCGGUCUUCUGUCAGCUGUGGAGGACCUUCUUUCCCAAGACUGGCAACCCAUCCGAAGUGUCCUCUUCGCGUUUGGCUUCGACGAGGAAUCCCAUGGCUUCCUCGGUGCCGGGAACAUCUCCGAGUCCCUGCAGAAGAAGUACGGCCCAAAUAGUUUCGAAUUCAUCCUCGACGAAGGUGGCAUGGGUCUCGAAACGUUCAGCGACGACGACAACGACAAAGCGGGCGUCACCGACAAUGGGGACGGAGUCAUCUAUGCCCUCCCCGGCGUCGGCGAAAAGGGCAGCCUAGACAUCGUCCUCUCGCUAGCCGUACCAGGCGGGCACAGCUCGAUGCCGCCGCCUCACACGGGCAUCGGCAUCAUCUCCGAGAUCAUCUACUCGCUCGAACGCCGGGACCUCUUCGUCCCUGUCCUGGACGACCGCCACCCCUCGCGGCAAAAGCUCGAAUGCCAGGUCCGCCACUCGCCCUCGCAGGUCGAGCCCUGGCUGGCGUCGGCCCUCCGCUCCUCCGACUAUGUCUCCCUGGCCGAGAGACUCGCCGACUCGCGCGGCGACAAGUUCCGCUUCAUCCUCCAGACCUCUCAGGCGGCCGACCUCGUGGCGGGCGGCGUCAAAUCUAACGCGCUCCCAGAGAAGAUCUCCGCGCUGGUCAACUACCGGGUCGCCCUGCACCAGACUCCCGAAGAGAUCCAGGCCCGUGCCAUCGAGAUCGUCACAUCCAUCACGCAGCGGUACAACAUGACUCUGACCGCGUUCCCCGCGGACAAUCAGGUCGAUACCUCGCUCAACAACCACCUCACCCUUACCACCCUCAGCGGCGCCCUCAACCCGGCGCCCGUCAGCCCGACCAACCUCCGCACUGACCCCGUCUGGGCGCGUUUCUCCGGCGUCACCCGCGCCGUCUUCGAGUCCGUUCCCGCCCUUAAAGGUAAGACCGUCGUCGUCAGCGGCGACAUCAUGACCGGCAACACUGACACCAGGUUCUACUGGCCCCUGACGCGGAACAUCUACCGAUGGAGUCCGUCCCGCGCCGGACGGGCGUUCAAUAUCCACACCGUCGAUGAAAGGGUGAGCAUCGACGCGCAUAUGGAGGCAAUCAUGUUGUAUUAUGAUCUCAUCCGCUCUUUCGACGGUUGGCAGGGUCCGGAGGAGGCCGUGCCUGAACUGUGUGGUCAAUGCUAGCAAGGGCGCGGUGCGGAAUGAGGAUGAAAUACAUACUAAUAAUCAAGCCUUGGCUUCGUGUACCAAUUUGGAACCUUUUCAGAAUAUUUCUUGAGCGGUGUUGGGAAAUAGCUUGAAUGAUGUGAGACUGUAGUGUCCCUUGGC